AUGGCGCCCUCUACAAUGAUCAGAAAACCGAAAAGGGCAUUCUCCCCACCUCGACCGGGGAAGUCAAAGGUUACAAAGUCGACGAAAGAGAAGGGUGCGGCGACCACAAAGAGCGCAGCAGCCAGACGCAGUCUGGGGGCAACAGGGAACUCGAAAGUACGCAAACAACAGCAGCAACGGAGCCAGAUAGCCGGACAGAAGGUGAAGCCGCAGAAAACGAAACGGAGAGGCGCGGCGGGGACGAUGAGAGCAAUACUGGGAGAGGCGGAUGCGGACUCGGACUCUGAUCCGGAAGAAGAAGACGACGGAGAUGGUGAUGGGUCGGACGAGAAUAUGGACACCGGGGUCGAGGAGGAUGAGAGCCUUGGCCAUGAAGAUGAUGAUGACAAUGACGACGACACCAACGCACAAGGCGAAGAGGACGGGGAAGAAGAAGAGGAAGAAGCCUCCCUGUCCCACGACCGCGAUCUCAAUCUAUCGUCCCCAGAACCCGACUUCAUCCUCGCUGAAGUCACCACAAACGGAACGGGUGGAAACUCAACAUCCUCGACGAGUCCGUCAAUACCCCUCCCGCUCAUCCACCGGAUCAUGCACGCCCACUUCCUAAAGCCCGACCACACCUCCCUGUCCUCGGACGCGAGGCAUCUCAUGGGGAAAUACGCCGACAUCUUCGUCAAGGAGGCCAUCAGGCGGUGCGUGGACGACAAGCGGGAGCGCGCCGCCGCGCGGGGGAGUGGCGACGGCGGCGUGGUGGGAGACACGGGCUGGUUGGAAGUCGAGGACCUGGAGAGGGUCGCGGUGCAGCUGUGUUUGGAUUUCUGA